AUCGAUAUACCUAUAUUUUUUGUCUCAGUAAUAGCCAAAUAUUUUUUACCCUUAUAACACCGUCUUAUGAUUUUCUCAUUUUUCAGUCGCUCCCAGACAUUUUGAAUCCAGAGUAUACCAGUAUGAUCACGCCACUGACUUCUAUCAACAAGGAAGAAUGUAUUACGAUGCUAUUGGAGAGAGAAUUCGAUUUAUCGAAGAAACUAUGGAAAAUGAUACAAGAUCAGCCGAAGAUAUACUUGUCCUCUACCGCGAGAGAAAAGAAUACAAAGUGGACCUGAAAACUCGUAAAUGCACAAAAUCAGAGCCCAAGAUGGAAUUCCGCCCGAUUGGCGUCGAAAAAGGAUAUAAACACGUUAGUGACAUAACCAUUGGAGCCCCGCCCGGAGAUGGUGUAGGAUUGGGUGUAUGGGUCAUGACAGAAAAUUCCACGACCGUUCAAGGAACCUUUGUUUCUGAAUUUACACACCGGGACUGCAUUCCAUUUUAUCACGAAUUUCGAGGCAUGAUGCAUGGACAGACGUUGCAUUUUCACAGAACAUAUUUCGAUGUCACCCUGAGAGAGUUUGGUCACGAAGAAUUUGCUAUUCCGAAGGAAUGCAUGGCUGAUUUCGAUACUACGCUGCUUUGAAUGAAUCUUCCAGUUCUGACGAUAUCAACUCAAAUAAUUGUUUAAUGACCACUCAACAAUGUUCCAGAUCAAUCGAAAUAUAAUUGCAUUAUCAUAAUUUUUAAAUACAUUUUCAUCUUUAUUUUUGAUUUAUAAAUUGAGGCUCCAAAAGUAUCGAAUAAAUCAAGCAUAUUAAAUCAUAUUUGUUGAUUUACUUAAAAUGUUAAUAUUGAAUUGCAAGAUGAAUUGGAGUCUGCAUACCGACUUUCUUCAACAGUGAGAAUUGCCAUUAUGCCAACCAUCUUUUGAUUUGAUGUUCAGCUUAGUCAAAAUAUUUAAUUUUACUGAUGUAGGAAAAUUAAAUUUUCUAAUUGCCUAGCUUUUUAUAAUGUUCUGUAUAUUUGGAUAAAGCAAAAAUGCAAA